GUGCCGAGCGCAGGAGCGCCGAGCGCGCACCAUCCGCGGCAGCGGCUGCGGGCGCGCGGGGGCGCAUGCUUCGGGGCUGCCCAGCGCAGCCGGCCGAGACGCGGGGCUCGAGGGCUAGGGCGGUCGGAGCCUGGCGCGCGCGGGCAGGGCACGCGAUCUCUAAGGCGCGCGCGCCUCGCGCCGCUCCGACCGCCGCCGAACCCCCAGUCCCGCGCCUUGGCCCCACCCCCUUCCCUCCCGGGCUCCGCGCUCUCCCCGCCGAGGCGGAGGAAGGGGGCCGCUUUCCAGGAACUUUCCAGGAAUCUGCGUCACGUGGCCACAGCCCGGGCUGCCGCGUUAAAGAGGCUCCGGAGCAGCAGCCGCAGCCGCCGCCCCAGCUGGGGAACGCGAAGCGGUCCUGCCCGCCGCCCGACGGUGGGGGAGCCCUGGGCCCUCCUCUCCGCGCCCUUGCACUCUGUUCCCUAACCCGACCUGGGCGGCCGGCAGAGAAACGUCCCGGGGCCCUUACCCGCGAGGCUACCAAACAUUUAUUCAACACACUGGGUUAGCCCAGGCAUCCGGCACAGAAAGGCAAAGGCCGUCUCUGUCCUCGAGGACCUCAUUAUACGAAGUGCCGCAGCAGAACCGCCCCGCCCCCUAGAUUUCCAACAGGUGGUGACCAACGCCCCCAGCCCCUCGGUUCAGCUAGCGUGUGGGCCCCGUUCAAGAUGCGGAAGGAUGCUCGCCAAGGCGACUUCCUCCUCCGACGGCACCCCCACCCUCGCCACCUCUGAGCUUGUAUUUUCUCCCAGGAUGAUCCCCUGUUCCAACGCCAGGGCCGCGGCCAUCCAGGUGAGGAAGCAAAAGAUGCUCGGAAAUUCGGCUCCCUCCUCCCAGCUCAAGAUUGGGGUGCGAGGGGUAGGAGGGCGUGCCACUCCUAAAUCCCGGCUGAGUUUCCUCCCUUUUCCCUACUUUGGGUUGGAAAGGAGCGGGGAGAACCUGGGGGUAGCCAGCGUGGCUCGGGAGAAGGGCACCUCGAUGUGGGUCCCCUAGAAGACACCCCCACGGGCGAACGCGCAUAGAACGGGAGAACCCGAAAGACGCGCGCCUCCUUAACCAGCUCCCGCAGCUCCUACAAUCCCCUCCCUCGCCAUCCUGCUCCAGAGCUCGCCCCUCCCUUCCCCACGCCCCCGGCUCCGCCUUGCUCGCCCCGCCCCAUCCAGCUGUGCGGCUGCUCACCUGCGCCCGGGGACUAGGGACACGCCCGUCCCUACCUAGACUCCCAGGUGGCCCCCGACGGGACCAACCGGGAGCACCUCUCUUUGCCUGCGAAUGGCUGCGUGAUCCAGAGGACUGGAGGAAUCCGAAAGCCAGAGCUUAAGAAGAAAAAUGUCUUGGCCAGAUAGAUAACAAAGUAUUGGAUCAACUCUUCAGUACUCCCCUAUAACUGAAGGCUCAACUCAAAUGCUAUUUUCUCCAUGAAGUCUUUCUUCAACCCACAAAAUUCCCAAAUGUGGCCAUAACUAGAUUAAAAUGUAAGUGAAAAUAUUUAACAAAAUAAAUAAAAAUGCAAUACAGUAUA